AUGGCGGCCCCCGCGCUCAAGAGUGCCGCGAUCAGGCACGUCCCGGCGUCCAGCCUGCACGUGUCCAAGCCCACGUGGUGGCUGACGUCACGCUUCCACUUCAGCUUUGCGGACUACUUUGACCCGAAGCGCAACAACUUCGGCGCACUCAGGGUGGUCAACGAUGAUCUGGUCAAGGGCAACGCCGGCUUUGGCACCCACCCCCACCGCGACGCCGAGAUCUUUAGCUACGUGCUGGAUGGCCAGCUCACCCACGCCGACAGCAUGGGCAACCGCGAGUCCCUCGGCCGCGGCGGCGUCCAAUUCAUGUCCGCCGGCACGGGCGUCACCCACUCGGAGCUCAACGACCACCCGGAGACCUGCCGCUUUGUGCAGACGUGGAUCACACCAGACAGGCGCGGCCACACGCCCCAGUACGGCAGCAGCACCUACACCAAGCAGGAGCGCCACAACACGCUCCUGCGCAUCCUGGGCGGCACCGGCGCCGCGCCCGCGUGGCCGGGGCUGGUGACGCGUGAUGAGGUGGCGCUGUACCAGGACGCAAAUGUCAUAGUGUCAGAGAGCGACGCGGGCACGGCGUUCAAGCUGCCCCUCGCGCCGGCGAGGCAGGGUGAGCGGGGGCGGGGCGGGGCCGCGUCGUAG